AUGACAGCAGUCUCUGAAAAGACUCCUCCCCACGCACCCGCGGAUCCCCUUGCCGGGUCAGGGGCAGGCCCGUCCGCUCCCGCUGCUGUUCCGUCUGCUCCGCCUGCGGCACCUGGCCCCCUGGCUCCCCUUGUCGAGCCGUCGGCGUCUGCCCCUGCUGGGGGUGUUGCUGAACCCCCUGCACCUGUCCCUGGCGCCCUUGUUGCGCCGACCGCUUCUAUCCCCUGCCUGCCUGCGCAUGCCUCUGCUUCGUCACCAAAGGCGGCGUCCGCCACCACUGGCGAGCCAGCUCCGUCGGUUGCGCCUGCGGCGGCGGGCCAGUCCGCCCCUGCUGUGACGGCGGUGGCUCCUGCAGGCCAGCCUUCACGCCCUCCGUCGCCUGACCGUCGCUCGUCACGCCCCCAUUCCCCCGCUCCCCAUCAAGACCGCAAGUCCUCUCGUCGCCGCCGUGAAUCUCCACGGCGGUACCAGCAACAGUCGCACUGGCCUGCUCACCCCGUGGGUCAGGGGGAUUGGAGGGGUCCCCGUGCUCGUGGCGGGGGUGGGGGGUAUCGCCCGCCUGUGACGAUGGCGGAUCUUCAGCGGGAAGUGUCGAGGGCGGUUCGGGAGGAGAGGGCGGCGCAGAGCCAGAGCAGUUCGCUGCGCGCCUUGCCAGCCCACGAGGCUCCCCGUCCGGCUGCGCUCCCCCCGAACCCGCAGCAUGUUGCUCCGCCUCCCCCUCACAUCCAAGCGCCACCAGCUCCUUCUCCCGCCGUAUCGGCACCUGCUCCCGGUUCUCGUCUCCAUCUGCCGCCGGUUCCGCCCGUUGCGGGAGUGGAGUUUGUGGCCGCGGGAGGCGGCUCGUUGGCGGCUCCGUUUGCUCUCCCAGCUGGUGCUGAAGAGCCGCUCCAGUUCCUGGUGGAGGCACUCCAGCCUCCGCAGACCCGUGUUCCCGCCUCGCUGACAAGUGACUCUUGCCUGGACGCGGCAGACCAGCUCGCGGUGCUGCUGGCGCCCGUGCUGGCUGCGCCCGCGGAGGGCGGCGCUGCUGCUGCGGGACAGCUUGACGAAGCCGUCCGGGGCUUGAGGCGGCACUUGCGCGGAGGAUCUGGAGCCGCGGCGAUCGGCGCAAGCACGCUAGUGGUCCGGGAGCUGUGGCGCUCCCUGACGGGCAUUCUUCACGCCCUUGGAGCUCACCGCAUGUAG